CAUGAUAUGUUAUAUAUUAUAUCUAUACUUAAAUUUAAUUUGAUGGACCAUAUAAUAUAUGAUCCAAUUUAUGUUUAGGAAUAUACAUCGAGAGACCAUGACAAUUGAUCUCUCUAAACUCUUUCAAAAACUUUGCAACAAAAUUGCAAUCCUAUUAGUAUUCGUGUUAGUAGAACUUAUAAUCCUCAUUUGGAGACUAACAUCAGACACACGACCAAUCACAACUCGCCAAUACAUCAAAUUCAUCGAAGAAAAGAACCCCACAAUUCGCUACAACAAAAAACUGAAAUCACACGUGGAAUGUAGCGUGUGUUUAUCGGAAUUCGAAGAAGGAGAAAAAGUGAGGAGCUUGAAAUGUAAACACACGUUUCAUAAGGAUUGUUUGGACAAAUGGUUGCAAGAUUAUUUGGCUACAUGCCCACUUUGUAGGAACAAGGUUUUGCCGGAUCAUGUUGUGUCCAAACAUCGUGACCAGCUUCGAAAUCAGCAAGGUAAUGAUUUUGAAGGGAAUCAUGAUAAUCUUCCUUAUGUGUUGUUCUUGUUACGUGAUGCUAAUACUAGUCACUUGCGCGGACAUGUUUGAAAUCCAAAUUUGGGGACUAGCUAAAACAAUUGUUGAUUUUGUACCACUAGUUCUUUGGUACAAUGGGGCUUGAUCUUCCUCUUUCUGGGUUCUCUGUUUUAUGUACAUAUAAUAUAGGAUAAUGAUACUAUGUAUCUUUAGUAAUUAAUUUAAGGAACGUGUAAUUUUGUAACUUUUAAACGGGUAUUUAGUUAUAAAUAAAUUUUUCAUUCUUUUUAAUCA